GACAACCAUUAUUUGUUCCUUUGUAUAUUCGCAGUUCAAUACAGUUAUGAAAGGAAAAAGAGAGCCAAAAAAAGGAGAGAAGGAAAAACAGUCCUCUCGGAAUCCUUGAAGCCUGUCAAACAUUAGCAUCAGCAGCAAUUUUCAUAAGCUCGCAGAGGUUUGCACAGGUCAUGAGAUUGAGAAAGGGGGCAUUCUAACAAGGCAUAUGCUCGUCUAGAAUUGGAUAAUUGAAUCGAAUUGAAAAGUUUUGUUUUUUCUUUUUUAAUAAAUAUAUAUAAAUAAAUAAUUGUGAAGAGCUCGAGGUUUCAGAGAAAUGGGAGGUGCAGAAGCCCCAGGUGCAAGAGAGCUAGACCAGACACCCACAUGGGCAGUCUCAGCAGUUUGUGCUGCUAUUGUUAUGAUUUCUAUCAUCCUGGAGAAAGUUCUUCAUUCGACUGGAGAGUGGUUUCAAGAAAGACACAAAAAAGCUCUGUAUGAAGCUCUUGAGAAAGUUAAAGCAGAGCUUAUGGUUUUAGGAUUCAUAUCCUUGCUCCUAACAUUCAGUCAGAGUUACAUUGCCCAAAUCUGUAUUGAAGAAGAUUAUGCAUACACAAUGUUACCUUGCACCAAAAAGGUUGAAGAACAUCAUUCCGCCUCUGCGCAUGAGGAGGAACAUCAUCGCAGGCUUCUAUGGUAUGACCGCAGAUUUUUAGCUGGUGGCCACCAUGUUAAAGGAUGCCAAACAGGAUAUCUACCUCUCAUAUCUUUGAAUGGACUGCAUCAGUUGCAUAUCUUCAUAUUCUUUUUAGCAGUUUUUCAUGUGAUGUACAGUGCCAUAACAAUGAUGCUUGGAAGAUUAAAGACCCGUGGAUGGAAAGAAUGGGAAAUAGAGAAUACCAAGGACCACGAUGCCAUGAAUGAUCCAUCAAGAUUCAGGCUCACUCAUGAGACAUCUUUUGUAAAAGACCACACAAAUGCCUGGACGAGAACUCCAGCCCUCUUUUACUUUGUGUGCUUCUUUCAACAAUUCUUUAGAUCAGUUACAAAAGCUGACUACUUGACCAUGAGACAUGGAUUUGUUUCUGUUCAUCUAACACCUUCGAGUAAGUUUGACUUCCAAAAGUACAUCAAAAGAUCAUUAGAAGAUGACUUCAAGGUAGUCGUCGGUAUCAGUCCAUUACUGUGGGCUUCUGUAGUGCUCUUUUUGCUUUUCAACGUUCAUGGAUGGCAUGCUAUGUUCUGGUUUUCUGUACUUCCUCUAUUUAUAAUCUUAGCAGUUGGAACAAAGCUUCAAGCAAUUAUAACACAGAUGGCACUUGAAAUUCAAGAAAGGCAUGCUGUAGUGCAAGGAAUACCACUUGUGCAGGUUUCUGACAGGAAUUUUUGGUUUGCUUGGCCUCAGCUUCUCCUUUAUCUCAUCCACUUUGUCCUGUUUCAGAAUGCAUUCCAGCUAACGUAUUUCUUCUGGAUAUGGUAUGAGUUCGGGUUGAAAUCAUGUUUUAAUGAGAAUUUCGUUCUUAUAUACUUGAGGGUUGCUCUCGGGGUAGGAGCCCAGUUCCUGUGUAGCUACAUUACACUUCCGCUCUAUGCCCUGGUUACUCAGAUGGGAUCGAACAUGAAGAGAUCAAUCUUUGAUGAACAAACUUCCAAGGCCUUAAAAGAGUGGCAUAAAAAAGCAGUAAAGAAGACGCACGAUGGGAAGCCAGAACACAUGACCACCAGGACCUUGGGAGGAAGCCCAGGUGACUCUCCACCUCCAGAACUUAUGGGAGAUCAUCCAGGGGAUCAGGAAAUGGCAGAUGCUGAAGCAGACCACACAGCAAAUAUCACGGCCACUGUGGAUAUUAAAGACGAUUCCCAAUAUGACCAACGUGAUCUACUAAGUUGAUGAUGCUUAAUUACAUGGCAAACAACUGUUUCUGUUUUAGGGUAGCAAACCAAAGCCUUAUUAGUAGGUUUUUUUUUUUUUUGGUUCCAAAGUAGUUUAUUGUUUGAGAUUAAAGCUUAGGUGUUAUCGUUUUUGUUUAAAUUAAUAUUUGCUUCAGAGUUGAAAGGUUGACCUUGAGUGUAAUGUUAUUUAAGGGUCACCCACUCACUUUUGCUACUUGGAAAACCAAAAUUAUGUAAUAAAAAUACCGUUUCCUUAAC